AUAUAAAUAAUAAUAUAAUAUCAAAAAUAGAAAUAAAUAUAAAUAUAAACAAAUAAAUAAAUAAAUAUCAUUAAAUAUCAAUAAAAUACACCGCUGGAAAGCAGAUAAAGGCAAUAAUUAGGACAUGUAAAGAAAAGAAAGAUUGCUCAGAAAACCAGGUGUUUUAAAUCAUUGUAUGCUUACUCCGAAUAUGACCUCACGGCGAUUUAAGAUACUCACAGUAAAGUGUUUACAUGAAUAUUGCAUAAUCUGUCAUAAUACCUACUGUCAUAAUCAGUUUGAUUAUAGCAACAGUAUUACUGCGCAUGUAAAUGUACUUGGUGUGUUGAAAGGGAAAACAAUGGGCCCUUGCAGAUUACAGAAGAGCAUGAAACACCAUAACUUAUCCAGGCAAAACAAAAUGUCUGAUGUCGAGGUAAAAAAAACAGCUAUCUGAUUGUCAAGGUUAGCUGUUCACAGGGUCAUCACAGGGUCAUCACAGGGUCAUCACAGGGUCACCACAGGGUCGCCAUGUGUUCACAGGGUCAUCACAGGGUCGCCAUGUGUUCACAGGGUCAUCACAGGGUCGCCAUGUGUUCACAGGGUCAUCACAGGGUUGCCAUGUGUUCACAGGGUCAUCACAGGGUCACCAUGUGCUCACAGGGUCAUCACAGGGUCGCCAUGUGUUCACAGGGUCAUCACAGGGUCGCCAUGUGUUCACAGGGUCAUCACAGCGUCGCCAUGUGUUCACAGGGUCAUCACAGGGUCACCAUGUGUUCACAGGGUCAUCACAGCGUCGCCAUGUGUUCACAGGGUCAUCACAGGGUCGCCAUGUGUUCACAGGGUCAUCACAGCGUCGCCAUGUGUUCACAGGGUCAUCACAGGGUCAUCACAGGGUCGCCAUGUGUUCACAGGGUCAUCACAGCGUCGCCAUGUGUUCACAGGGUCAUCACAGGGUCAUCACAGGGUCGCCAUGUGUUCACAGGGUCAUCACAGCGUCGCCAUGUGUUCACAGGGUCAUCACAGGGUCACCAUGUGUUCACAGGGUCAUCACAGGGUCGCCAUGUGUUCACAGGGUCAUCACAGCGUCGCCAUGUGUUCACAGGGUCAUCACAGGGUCGCCAUGUGUUCACAGGGUCAUCACAGGGUCAUCACAGGGUCAUCACAGGGUCGCCAUGUGUUCACAGGGUCAUCACAGGGUCGCCAUGUGUUCACAGGGUCAUCACAGGGUCACCAUGUGUUCACAGGGUCAUCACAGGGUCACCAUGUGAUCACAGGGUCAUCACAGGGUCGCCAUGUGUUCACAGGGUCAUCACAGGGUCACCAUGUGUUCACAGGGUCAUCACAGGGUCACCAUGUGUUCACAGGGUCACCAUGUGCUCACAGGGUCAUCACAGGGUUGCCAUGUGUUCACAGGGUCAUCACAGGGUCAUCACAGGGUCAUCACAGGGUCGCCAUGUGUUCACAGGGUCAUCACAGGGUCAUCACAGGGUCGCCAUGUGUUCACAGGGUCACCAUGUGCUCACAGGGUCAUCACAGGGUUGCCAUGUGUUCACAGGGUCAUCACAGGGUCGCCAUGUGUUCACAGGGUCAUCACAGGGUCAUCACAGGGUCGCCAUGUGUUCACAGGGUCAUCACAGGGUCACCAUGUGAUCACAGGGUCAUCACAGGGUCGCCAUGUGUUCACAGGGUCAUCACAGGGUCACCAUGUGUUCACAGGGUCAUCACAGGGUCACCAUGUGUUCACAGGGUCAUCACAGGGUCAUCACAGGGUCGCCAUGUGUUCACAGGGUCAUCACAGGGUCACCAUGUGUUCACAGGGUCAUCACAGGGUCAUCACAGGGUCACCAUGUGUUCACAGGGUCAUCACAGGGUCACCAUGUGUUCACAGGGUCACCAUGUGCUCACAGGGUCAUCACAGGGUUGCCAUGUGUUCACAGGGUCAUCACAGGGUCGCCAUGUGUUCACAGGGUCAUCACAGGGUCACCAUGUGUUCACAGGGUCAUCACAGGGUCACCAUGUGUUCACAGGGUCAUCACAGGGUCACCAUGUGUUCACAGGGUCAUCACAGGGUCACCAUGUGCUCACAGGGUCACCAUGUGCAGGUAGCAGAUAGCAGUUACUGUGGCAGUAUUGAUAGGAGCACAAGGUCACAGGAAAUGAGCAGCUAAACACCACUACCAUAUCAUUCUCUAAACAGGAAAUGAGCAGCUAAACACCACUACCAUAUCAUUCUCUAAACAGGAAAUGAGUAGCUAAACACCACUACCAUAUCAUUCUAUAAACAGGAAAUGAGCAGCUAAACACCACUACCAUAUCAUUCUCUAAACAGGAAAUGAGUAGCUAAACACCACGACCAUAUCAUUCUCCCGGUUUCCUGGACCCAGAUGAAGCCUACUUCUCAACUAAAAUCCCAAUUGAAAGUGCAUUUCGGUAUAGAACUGGGCUUAAAGCUGGAAUCAGUACUUGGUGAAAUGGCCACGUCGGUUUGCGAUAAAUACAACACAGAAUUUAGGCCUACUACAAACAAUGAAUGCUUUUUUCACCUUGGAUAUCAAUGCACACGCGAUAUAACAGCAGAGUAUGUGUUUAGGGCGGGUACAAUUAACGUACAACGGACCGCUAUGGAGGAAGACUGUCAUAAAAAAAAAACAUUAUUUAUGAACAGCUGACUGAUGAUGACAGGACGGCCGGGCAUUCGUGUGGUCGGGUCCAUAUCUGCGAUAAAAUGUACUCUUCACAAUGUGAUGAAACUUUGUUGCCCCUAGCUGAAACAAGCAAGGCGUUGUAGCAAACGAUGAAUAGAAUGGGUUUGGAAAUUCUAACCCUGGAAAUUUGGCAGGUAAACUCAUGGGGACACUGGCAAUGGCUGCCUGGUAUUGUGAUGUAAUCAUUUCCAUGGUAAUGUAGAAUGUUCAUUCAAAUUAUGUUAACCGAUGAGGCUCAUGCAAUGGAAUGUCUUUUUUGUAAUGUCAGUUGAGUUGAAUCAACAAAUCACAGCACAGAUUUAUGGGUACACUUCCUGCUUUUACUUCCUGUUUUACUCCUAUGGUUCCUAUAGAGACGGACAGACACAUCAGGCACCUCCAGGUUCCUACAGAGACAGACAGACACAUCAGGCACCUCCAGGUUCCUACAGAGACAGACAGACACAUCAGACACCUCCAGGUUCCUACAGAGACAGACAGACACAUCAGGCACCUCCAGGUUCCUACAGAGACAGACACCUCCAGGUUCCUACAGAGACAGACACCUCCAGGUUCCUACAGAGACAGACAGACACAUCAGGCACCUUCAGGUUCCUACAGAGACAGACAGACACAUCAGGCACCUCCAGGUUCCUACAGAGACGGACAGACAGACAGACAGACACCUCCAGGUUCCUACACAGACAGACAGACAGACAGACAGACAGACAGACAGACAGACAGACAGACAGACAGACAGACAGACAGACAGACAGACAGACAGACAGACACCUCCAGGUUCCUACACAGACAGACAGACAGACAGACAGACAGACAGACAGACACCUCCAGGUUCCUACACAGACAGACAGACAGACAGACAGACAGACAGACAGACAGACAGACAGACAGACAGACAGGGGAUAUCCCAGGAUCAGAUGACUGGAUAGAAACAUAGAUCCCAGACUGUAUAGCCAAAUAUUAAGUUCUGCUUUUCUUAUGUAUCAAAUACUUAUGUUAUGCAAUACAAUGCAAACUAAUUACUUAAAAAUCAUACAAUGUGAUUUUCUGGAUUUUUGUUUUAGAUUCCGUCUCUCACAGUUGAAGUGUACCUAUGAUAAAAAAAAUACAUGCUUUGUAAGUAGGAAAACCUGCAAAAUCGGCAGUGUAUCAAAUACUUGUUCUCCCCACUGUAUAUACACAUUUGACAAGACGUGAUAUGUCAAGAGUUGGUAAAUAAAUAGUCUACCAUAUUUUGA